AUGUCGAGCUCCUUCGGAUUUCCAUCGACCAAGCUAGUCACCAACCCCGACGACAACGUCCAUUGCGACAACGGAACCAACCCCAGCACCUAUGCUGGCGCGGAUUCCGGAGGCUCCUCGUUCUCGUUCUGCGGACCCAACCAGAACAACGCCGACAACCCGGUCCACCCGCCAGACCAAGUCGCUCCCGUGUCCCAGCUCACCAUCCAGCGGUAUCUUGGGCGAUUUUUCCCCGAUUCCGCGUCUCUCCUCGCCGGUAUGGCCAAGGCAGGCCUUAUUCUUUCGGGCUCCCGUGCCCUCGAGGUCUUCUUUCCGGGCUCUUGCGAGCUAGGCUCCGACUUGGACUUCUACACCGAUCCCUCUGCACGCUGUGUUGGUGAAGCUAUAAGAGUCCUUGAGGCUGCCGGCGUUGUCUUCGACCCCCCCUACCAGCCAGCGCUCGACAUCGCGAACAUGAUUACCUUUCCUCCGAUGGUCGACUACCGCUACACGGACAAAGAACAGCUUCGCCGGAUCAUCGCUCUUCCGCAGUGCCCUCACGUUGCGGUCGACGUCCUCGAGCAAUUGCUCACCCACCUCGACGACGGGGAUGAGUUUGGCACACUUUGUGUGCUAGACAGCGGUGUUCGGGUGCACCUAGUCAAGACCGAGGGAUCUUCAGACUACGGCCACACCCCGUCGAUGCAGAUCAUUACCGGUCACACGACCUUCGGCGGCACGGAGAUCAAGACUCAGCUCAUCUUCGCCGCGGGCAAGUCGGCUCUCAGCAACAUCUUCUCGUUCUAUGCAACCUGCGUCCAGGUGGCGAUUACUGGAGUCGGCGCUGCCCAUUUCUAUUCGGGUCUGGGUCGCCGUGCGCUGUACUGGUCGAACAACACCCAGCACCAGAAGAGCGCCCAAGCCGCUAUGCUGAAGUAUGCACGCCGUGGAUACACCUUUGAGUCCUCCCUUGGCCACGCGAUGAGGGUCCAGCAACUCCACUCCUCUUCCGCCUCGACCCUCUUCAAGAGAACCCCUGACAGUACGCUGGUGCUCUUCAAGAGACUGCCGCUGUCCAUCUCGCCGGAGUUGUAUGCCGCUCGUCAAGCGUUCUUCAAGAGCAUUACGUGGAUGGAGCAUAAUGGCGAGACGAUGUUGCUGUCGCAGCCGACCAAGGCCAUGCGCGACGUCAUGGCCGACGAGCGCCGCAAGAGAGUGGUGCUCCGCGCCAACGGCAUUCGGGACGACAGCAACGUCCACAUCGCAUGCCUCCACUCUGUCUUUUUCAAGGCGCCCACCAACAACCACGAGCACGGUCCCAACCAUCGCUACCCGGAUGAGAUCAUCGGUUUCUAG